CUCAGCCAAGCGCCAAGUCACUCGUUCGACUCUAAUUCUAAUCACACUCGCUCACUGCACUCACACCUUGCCGACCUAGGCACACCGACUUACACAGUUGACAACUAGACAUUCACUCGUUCAUACUUACGUCUUGACUUUCCAGCUACCACGAAUAUAUCACCAAUAUGCACGGAACUUACUUUGCCUUGGGCUUUCUCGCCCUUCAGUUCGCCUCCGUCAGCGCGACCGGUUGGGGCCAUGGGACCUACUGUUACGCUGACAAGUGUUACCGCAACAUCGUCUCCCACGGCGACUUUGGCCGGGAGUUCUGCCUCGACUUUCUCCAGGGCGUCACCACCGCGCCCGAGGCCGUCCCUACCGAGUUCUUCAAGUGCAAGGGGAAGAUCCACAACGUCUCGUCUGCCUGCUCGUGCAUCACCAAGACCAUGACCACUGAGGCGCCUGUGGAGACUCCUGGCCCCGCGCCCACCGAGUCUGAAACGUCCGAAGAGCCUGUUCCUACGGAGGAGCCUGAAGAGCCCGAGGAGCCGGAGGAGCCCGAGGAGCCUGAAGAGUCUCCCAUCCCCUCAUCCUCCGCCCCUGUACCCUCCGACAGCGUCAGCGACGACCUUCCUGCUCCCACGGAACCUCCUUCGAGUUCUUCCAGCUCGGUUGAGUGGACCACCUCCACCAUCUACACCACCAAGACCCGCACCAUCACGGACUGCCCGGGUGACGUGCCCGACUGCCCCGGGGGUCCUUCGGUCACCACCAUCACCGAGACGACCGCGGUUGCCACUACGAUCUGCCCCGUCACCUCGGACGAGCCCGCUAGCACCCUCUCCACUAGCGUCGUCGUCCCCGUCCAACCUCCUUUCGAGCAACCUCCCGUUGAGCAGCCCCCCUUCGAACAGCCUCCUAUUUCCGAGGCUCCUAUCGUAUCCAUUCCUGCGGGCAACGGCACUUUCGUCCCUCCUGCGCCCACCGCUUCAAGCCCCUGACGACAUGGAGACUGCAAAAGUUCCCCGUCGUUUAUGAUUUUGACGCGAGUGUAUUUUGGAGGAAGUCAUGACAUGCCGGUUUGGGAUGGUUGUUUUCUUUGAGCUCGAGCUUUGACAUGCAAAGCGUAAUGGU